ACACGCUGAUUCUGUCCUGAUUCCGCCGUUCAUUUAGUUUUAAUCCGGUUUUAUUUCCAUCAUUAACAGUUUAUUCUGUGCGUACAGUCCCUGACAGGCUGUCGGUCACGGUGUGGGAGUCGGAUAUGUCCUUCAGCCCGAGCGGUCUCUCCGCCUGAGCACUUUCGCUCGUUAUUUUUUAAAUCUAUGAUGAGAAAUUUGAAUCGUAACCGAAAAAACGGACAGUUUGAAUUUUAAAUCAGGAGGAGACCGUUAAUACCGGCGGAUUCAUCUGUACACCGGUGUGAUUCUCCAUCUGCAUCAUCGGACCAUGGACAGGAUGGAGUUCUGGUUGAACCAGAGGUUGUGGCAGCAGGACUUCUGGCUUCCUCCCAACAUCACAUGGUGGGACAUCACUGAAGGUCGCCAACCUCUUCCUCGGGAUCUUCUUAUUGCUCUUCCUCUCGCACUAGGUUUUAUCGCUGCUCGCUUUGCUUUUGAAAGGUCAGUCUUAUUCAUUUUAAUCAGUAGGAAGUUGGGAGUGUGCGACAAAAAGCGAGUCCAAGUGCCGUCCAUCCCCAAACUUGAGGUUUUUUACUUGCAGAGGAGGAAUCACUUCACACAGAGUGAACUCAAGAUUUUGGAGAAGCAGAGCAACCUUACGCAGCAUCAGAUCCAGAAAUAGUUAAGGAUUCGCCGUAACCAGGACAAACCAAGCAACACUAUGAAGUUCUGCGAAGCUUCGUGGAGGUUUGUUUUCUACCUUAUUGCAUUCACAGCAGGACUGGCUACCUUGUUUAAUCCUGUGGCCGAGUCACAUUACUGGUACUACGUUCUGGAGCUCAGCUUCUACUGGUCACUUCUGCUGUGCGUCUCAGUGGACAUCAAGCGCAAAGAUUUUAAGGAGCAGAUCAUACACCACAUCGCCACCAUCAUUUUGAUCAGUUUCUCCUACUGCGCCAACUACGUGCGAGUCGGAACUCUGGUGAUGCUGCUGCACGACUCGUCCGACUUUCUGUUGGAGUCGGCCAAGAUGUUUCAUUACGCUGGUUGGAAGAAGACCUGCGAGAGCCUGUUUGUGGUCUUCUCCGGGGUUUUCCUGGGAACUCGCCUCAUCAUCUUUCCAUGCAGGGUUCUCUACUCAACGCUUGUGGAGUCACUGAGUUUCUUCAAGCCAUUUCCUGCUUAUUACUUCUUCAACAUCCUGCUGCUGGUGCUCCAGGUGCUGCACAUCUACUGGGCUUGUCUCAUCCUGCGGAUGCUCUACAAAUACAUCUUCCUGGGCAAAGUGGAGCGGGACGAGCGGAGCGACGAAGAAAGCGAGGCAGAGGAGGACGGAGACGGUGUGAAGAACGAGUGCCGCUGGGAGCAGAAGAAGAAAACUCAUAACUCCAAGCUUGUCUCGCUGGCCGAGAACUGCGUCAUCAACAACCUGACCCACCAGAGAAGAAGCCUGAGGAGCAGAUACCCCAAAGCCAGAUAGUAUUCCUUUAGAUGAAGUCAGAUAUCUUCCACGAGUCCUCACAUAAAAAUGCACAUUAGAAGA